AUGGAUGUGCUGCUGCUCUUGGCGACUUGGAUUUGCUCGUCACUGGCCGCCCUGCUGCUCCUCUUCCAGAUCUUCCACUCCACCAGCGCGAGGAGCAAGAAGAACUUCCCACCAGGUCCUUUCUCAUGGCCCCUCGUUGGCUCUCUCUUCUCGCUCGGCCCCCAUCGGCAUCGCUCCCUGGCCGAGAUGGCUCGAAAGUAUGGCCCUGUUAUGUUACUCCGGCUGGGAGUCCGGCCUCACAUCAUCAUCAGCAGCCCGGAGAUGGCGAGGCAAGUCCUCAAGGAGCACGACGUCGAGUUUGCGAGCAGGCCCCUGUUCUUCACCAUCGGUCGACUCAUUAGCCACAACUUCCAGGACCUUAUCUUCGCACCGCACGGCGAGCGAUGA